UCUCUCUCUAAACCAAACCUCAACAAUAACAACAAAAGACAGAAAGUAAGAAACAAGACCAAAAAAAAAAGGAAAGAAAGAAAGAAAAUGUCCACCCUCACCCCCCAAGAAACCACCCUCGUCGAAGCCGCCACAAAAGCCAUAACCAGCAUUAAACCCUCCAACACUCACAGCGUCGCCAGUGCUAUCCUCGCCUCUGACGGCCGGAUCUUCUCCGCCGUAAACGUCCACCAUUUUACCGGUGGCCCUUGUGCCGAACUCGCUGCCUUGGGGAGUGCUGCCGCUGCUGGGGCGGAGAAUCUCACACAUAUUGUGGCUGUUGAGGAUACCCGACGGAUUUUGAAUCCAUGUGGACGGUGUCGACAGGUUUUGCUCGAUUUGUGGCCUGGGAUUAGGGUUAUUGUUUUGAGUGAGGAGGGGCCUAGGGUUGUUGGCGUUGGGGAGUUGUUGCCUUUUGCUUAUUCUUGGCCUGGGGAGGAGUAGCCUUUUAUUAUAUUAUUUAUUUUUAUCAUUUUGUUCCUUUUGAGAGAGGGGAUUGAGG